GAGGACCUGUCAAUCUGCACUGGCCUUCUUGCCAAAACCAGCAUGCUCGGUUGCGUUAUGAAGUUUCUAAACUGACACUUGGGGAUAUUUUUGUCAGCACCAUGUAGCUGGUUUUAUUUAUAAAGUUGCAGUGAUGAGGCGAGGAGAUCCUCUCCCUCGAGCCUUUCAGGCUCCAGUGGAUGUACAUGCCAGCCUGGAUGGCCAAGUGUACAUGUUCAGACACAGACAAGAAGAACCAGAACUGUCAUCUGAGGAUGAGGAACUCAAUGUCAUGGAGCUCCGGCCGAGAAGCAGAGACUCAUCCUCACAGAAGAGAGAAAGAGUGGGAGAAAUGCUCUUGUUGGAACGGGACAUCUCACAUGAAGACAAUCUCAACAAACUGGCCCUUCAAUAUGGAUGCAAGGUGGCUGACAUAAAAAGGGUGAACAACCUUUUUCAAGAGCAGGACAUAUAUGCACUGAAGUCCAUCAAAAUCCCUGUAAAGAAGCAUUGCUUGCUAACCGAGGCCAACUCUGAGCUCAGGGACCCCCAGCAAAGACCAUCCAAUGAUGUACCACCAUCAGUCAGCGCUGAAGCAAACGUCUCAGGAAGACCUCAGGUGCAGGAGUACAGCAAUUACCUAAAAGAGGUGGACAGUGACAUUGAGCGUCUGAUCCAAAGCACAGACCCCUCAGAAGAGGUCUUUUCCAGCGGUUCCAGGAUGUCCAAACGGUGGGGGUGGAGAAGCCAGCGUUUGCGCAGCUACGGUGCAGACUGGGGGAUCCAGUGGUGGAACGCUGUAAUUGCCAUGUUGCUUAUUGGCAUCGUCCUGCCAAUAUUCUAUGUAGUAUAUUUUAAAACUCAAGAUAAUGGUAAACCAGUAGUGGACAAUAGAGUGAACAACAUAACUGUGCCUACCUCAAACAGUACGGGGUGAGCGUCAGCUCAUUGGACCUCGGGAAUAUAAUAAAAAAUCACCUUAAAGAAAGUAAGUAUAGCUUGAAAGUUUGAAAUUUGGUAUGAUAUUUUAAUAAACUUAGUAUUACAAGUUCACAUUAUUAUGGUACAUUAAUUUAAGUGGAUAGAUCAUCCAAGAUAAAAAAGGGUAACAUUUGGGUUCAAAAAACUUGACACACCCAAAUGUCACACCUAACCCCAAUUUGUUUUGCAUGAAAAGGAUCACAUUUUUCAAAAUUGUGAAAAAGAAAAGUAACAUGAAUAUGGAGAGACGUGCGGGUGGGUAGAUGAUAACACAAGUUUUUCUAUGUGGAGGAAAAAAAAUAAAAAUAAACAAUAGAAAAAAAUUGUUUCGAUGUGGAAAGGCACUACAGUUCUAGCAGUACCAAAUAAUUGACUUGUAUUAAAUAACUGUAUGUUCAGUCAUUAAAAGUGCAAUAAAGACAUUUCACAGGAAGGGCUAAACUCGUGCAGAUGGUCAUAUUUUGACCUUUGGAUUGUGAUUUUAAAACAUAUCUUUUGAGUCGUAGUACAGUUUUUUUCUUACAUGUGUGUAUUGCACUGGGAUGGCCAAUGGAUAAUACAUUAAAACUAAUUUUCAAAUAAAAAAAAAAACAUUUUAUUUUUUGCUAUUGGUUCUAAUGGUAUGAGAGAUGAAGUAUAUAAUUGGAUUGAACAGGGUAAAACGUUUUCAAAUGGCAUCAUCUUGUAAUUUAACCGUGCAGCUGUUCAGUCAUUGACCAAUAAGAAAACCAUUUAAAAGGUUCUUCAUGGCCUUCUGAGUAAUGUCUUUUAUAGUGCUUAUAUGGUUGUAAACAGAAGAAAACCUGGACCCAAGCUGAUUUUCAGAGCCACAUAUUUGGGAACUAUGUAAUAAAGCAGCAAUACUUUUCCUAAAUUCACUACCAUUAGUAUGCUAUUAUAUAUAUCUGCAGAGUUAUAUUUUUGACCUGUAGAGGUAUAUUUUUAUAUGAUAUUCACAGGAUGAUAAUAAUGAUGUAGUGAUACAAGAAGUUUUAUGAGAGGAGACAC